AUGGCCACCCCUGCCGCGAAACCGUUCCUAUUGGUAGAUGACUCCAAGCGCUAUGGCAAGCUUGAGAACUCCAAGUUUUUCGAGAACGCCAUGAAAUCAGAGUGGCGCACCGAUUCCACUAAGCCCAUUGAUAUGAGCACUACAGACCCGCAAACCUUCGAGUAUUAUUGCCAGUGGCUGUAUACAAGGCAAAUUGUGCGGCUGUACAACGUCUCCCCAUCAAACCAGCUAGCGCAUCUCUAUAUCCUCGAAGAACAUAUCAUGGACACAGUCUUCCAAGAUGUUAUUGUCGACACGUUCAUCCGACGAUACAAGGAAUUUCUUCUUGUGCCAGAUAAGUUGGCCAUCAAGAUUCUGUAUGCGGGAACUGCUAUCAAUUCACCCGUUCGUCGUCUCAUGGUAGACAUAUGGGCUUUUAGCACGGCUCCAGAUCACAAGUUCAAUGGCAUGACCAACCAGACGUGCAUCGAAUUCGUCAACGAUCUGAUUCCGGCGUUACUCGAGAGGCGACCGCUAGUCAAGAACGCCGCUAAAGUGGGACGGAACGUAGACUAGCAGGAAAGAUAUACCUUCACACCUACUAGCUACCAUAACUCAUUUCUCAAUACAGCCGAAGCAACGAUAUCAUACAGUGGAA